CCCAUGGACAGAGGAGCCUGGCAGGCUGCAGUCCAUGGGGUCACAAAGGGUCAGACACAGUUGAGCACGCACACUUGCAUGUCAAGCACUGUUUUAGGCUGGGCAUGCUAAUUAGCGUAAACAAAGUGGAAACCCUGCUCUUCUGGAACUUGUGGGUAUAUAUUAAUGACCAGAGAUAGAUGAAUACAGAUAAAUGUACAGCUUGUCAGAUGGUGACGAGUAGUUCAGAGAACACUGAAUCAAGAUAAGAAGAGUGAGAAUGGUUUAUUUGGAGUAUCAAGUGGUCAGGAAAGUCUUCUUAAUACGGUGAAUUUCAAACACAGACCAAAGGAAGUGAGGAAGGGAACCCUGUAGAUAAUUGGAGGUAAGGCAUUUUAGGCAGAGAGAACAGCAAUUGCAAAGAUCCUGAAACAAGCUUCUUGAAAGGUUUGGUUCAGGGAGGUAAGAAAAACACAAAUUCAAGGUUUUUGGCUUGAGUGACUGGAAGGAUGGACUUCCCAUUUGCUGAGACAGGAAGACUGAGGGGCAGGCCUGUAGGAGGUUGCAGUUUGAACAAGACAAGUUUGAGAUGCACAUUGAAGCACAGAGGUCCUAUAAGAAAUAAGACUCGUGAAUCUAAAUUUCUUGGGAGUGGCUGGCUAGAGGUGUAAACAUGGGAGUUGUCAACAGGCAGGCUUUGGAGCAAGACCACCAGAGGAAGGAGGUGGAUAGAGAAGGGGUCCUAGGACUGAGUCAUGGAAUGCUCCAGGGAUUCCAGCUUGGAGACUGAGUUGAUCCUUACCAGACAUUGCUGAAUGCCACGGCAUGCCAGGCACUGGGCCAGUUGCUGGAGAUAUAGGUGCGAAGGAUCAAAAAACCCAUGCUGUCACAGACCUGCGGCCAAGUGAGGAGACACAGGGAACAAGGAAAGCACGUGUUUCGUCAGGCAGCCUUGUGGGCUUUGGAGGAGAUGAAGUGAGGGGAACAGGACACUCAGGUGGGGCUGCUGGCUACUUUCUCAGGGACGGCAAAGAGGCCUUGGUGAGAAGACCAUUCUCUCCUAGAGAAGGAACUGGCACGGGUGCCCGAAAAAGAGCCCCUGUGAAGUUAGAGAAGAACCAACAGAAGGUAAUGCCCUGGAAACCAGGUGACAAAAAUCAAGAUGGAAGAAGUGAUCUGCCAGGGGAUGAAGUUGAAGCGUUGAUCGCUGGGUCACCGCAGUGGUGACCUUGACAAAGCUAUUCUGGAGGAGUGGUGGGAAAGAACUGCAGCCCCCCUCACCUGGGAGAGAGGUACCGCCCAGCCUUGGAGCUAAACCUUCUGAGACCAAGCCAGUUCUCAGACCUGUUUCAAAUGCCACCUCUUCCAGGAAGUCCCCAGGUAUUAGAACCUCCCAUGUUUGUAUUUUGCCCCAUCCUCUCAGAUGGGAGAGAGGUGCACCCACAAAGGAUUAAAAGCUCUGAGCUGCCAGACUCACAAGGAUCUGAGCCUGCAUCGUUUGCUAAGCUGAGAACGGUUCCCACCCUGUCAAAUAUUAUGAUCCCAUGUGCAGAGAGAAUGGUGCUGGGUCCACCCUUGGGGGUGGACAAGGUCACUGCUGCCAAGGAUUUGGGGGGGAGAGGCCUCUUGACGGGGCCCCAACAAGUGGAGGACCAGGCCUGGAUGCCCUUUGCUGACCCAAAGCUCAUCGAGCAUCUCCUCCCUUGCAUGCCAAGCCCUGCAGGAGAAUAAGAUGACAAAGUUUGCUGUUCUUGUCUUUGAGGAAGUGAGCACUGUCAGAAGUCAGAUGUGGAUAUAGUCAACUGCCAGGGGUGGGUGGUUGGAAAGGCUUCACAGGGCCGAGGAUUUGAACAGGACCAUGAAAGAAGUCAAGGAGUUUGCCAGACUGACGGGGUGGCCUGAACAGGUGUGCCCAGACCGGGCCAUGCUGGAAUGCAGUCUUUGGAAAAACCUGUUGGACCUGUGGUCGGAGACUGGAUUGGGCUAGCGGGAUGUGGUGGCAUGUCAGCUGUGUUUGUUGUGGCUAGUGUCUUGUGGGCUCCAGAGCGGGGAGAAAAGAGACACGAGGUGGGAAGGGUCCUUCCUUGCACAUGCCACCAAGCUUGGGGAACCCUGUUCUCUCUUGCUGGUGUGGGCACCUCUACUGAUAACACCUUCCCCCUCCUCUCCUCCUUAGUGGCCCAGCAGGAAAAGACCCCACCGCCCAGGCCCAGCCUGCUGGAGGCGGGCAGUGAUGGCUCUGAGGAGCCCAAGCAGCAGGUGUCUUGGGAGCAGGAGUUUCUGGUGGGGAACAGCCCGGGAGGCAGCGGGCGGGCGCUGUGCAUGGUGUGUGGAGCCGAGAUCCAGGCACCCUCGGCAGACACGGCACGCGCCCACAUCCUGGAGCAGCAUCCUCACACCCUGGACUUGAGCCCUUCUGAGAAGAGCAACAUCCUGGAGGCCUGGAGCGAGGGGGCGGCCCUUGUGCAAGACUUUCGAGCGGAGCAGACGUCCACACACCACUCAGACUCAGGCCAGGACUCCGACCCGGACCCUGCCAGAAUGCCAGCAGAGAUCGUCGUUCUCCUCGACUCUGAGGACAACCCAUCCCUCCCCAGGAGGACCCGGCCCAGGGGACUUCGCCCUCUGGAACUUCCCGUGACCCCUGUCCCAGAGCCAGUAAUCAAGAAGCCCCGUGGUCAGAGAUGCAAGGAGCUCUCUAGGGAAGAGCCGGUCAGGAAGAAAAGAGGCAGGCCUAUGACCAAAACCCUGGACCUAGACCCAGACCCUGACCCAGACCCCCCCUCACCAGACUCGCCCACGGAGACCUUCGCUGCUCCUGCCGAGGUCCGGCACUUCACGGACGGCAGCUUCCCGGCCGGCUUCGCCCUCCAGCUCUUCUCCCACACCCAGCUCAGGGCCUCAGACCGCAGAGACUUGCCCAAAGAGGGGAGAGGGGCCGAAGGAGGCCUCCUCCAGCCGGAAAGCCCCUCCCCAGCUCCCCCUCCGGGGCUUCGCGGGACGCUGGAUCUCCAGGUCAUCCGCGUGCGACUGGAGGAGCCCCCAGCAGUCAGCCUCCUGCAAGACUGGUCCAAGCACCCCCAGGGCGCCAAGGGAGUGGGAGCAGGUGACGCCCCAGACUGGCCCGCGGUGCUGUCGGAAUCCAGCAGCACUGUGGGGGCGCAGCCAGAGGCGGGGAGUGGCCUGUAGGUUCUUGUUUUUCUGGGGUGGGAGGGAGGGAGGGAGGAGGCAGUGUCCCCCUUGGGCUCAUCACGCAGAGCCCCCCAGCUCAGCCGCCUGAUAGAGUAGAACCAGGUGCCAAAGCAGGAUGGAGGAGAGGAAGGUGGGUAGCAUCUGCCAUGACUUGGGGCGCUGGGAAAACGUCUCCUGGGGGCGAGGCGGGGGACCGCCCAUGGCUGUCGUGUGGUAGGGCAUUGGGCCUGUGGAGAACACCUACCCGAUCCUUUUGCUGACCCCGACCUCUACUGUCCCCCUGACCUCCUCCCACCCUCUCAGCCCCCCCCAUUCUCCCUUGGCACAGUGCCUUACACAGGAGGUGGUUGUGAACUGAGCCCCACUACCUCGGGGGACGCCUCCCCUCCCCCCUGCGCAGGCCCCCAGAGCAGGAGGCCUCCAUUACCUCUUCCCACUCCAUCCCCACAGGUGGCCGACCGGUCACUCACUCUCCUGUUCACCUCUUUUCCUGUUGUAUAUAUCUCCUUUGUUGACAAUAAAUUAUUUUUUUUUAUGAAGA